AUCAUGAAACACAUGAAUUGGACUGAUCCAUUAACCACAUGGUUAGAACUCUGCCAUUUGUCAAAACCAUAUCCAUACAUUCCACACCACCAAACUCAUCUCAUUCACAAGGCCCAAACUACUGUAAACUCAUCUAAUCAAAACAAUGGCGGCGUCUCAUUCUUUAACUUCCACCAAUUUCAGACUCCCACUUAACAACUUAUCCUCCAAACCCCAGUUAAAUUCUGCUAAUCGAUUGGAAUUCAGUCUACCCACCACCAGAAGUUGUUCAUCGAUUCGUGCUAUGGGUUCUUCCUCUUCUUCAUCGCAAAAACCAGACACAACUAAUCAACAAGAGACAGGAAACAGGGAUUAUAAAUCUGUUAGUGAUCAAGAAUGGAAGACAAAGCUAACCGGAGAACAGUUCUAUGUAACUCGACAAAAGGGAACCGAGAGGGCCUUCACUGGGGAAUACUGGAACACAAAAACCCCUGGGACUUACCAUUGCAUCUGCUGUGACACUCCACUAUUCCAGUCAACCACUAAAUUCGAUAGUGGAACGGGUUGGCCAUCGUAUUAUGAGCCGAUAGGAACAAAUGUGAAGUCAAAACUCGAUCUUUCAAUCAUAUUUAUGCCCCGACAAGAAGUUUUAUGUGCGGUUUGUGAUGCUCAUCUUGGUCAUGUGUUCGACGAUGGACCUCCGCCCACCGGAAAACGUUACUGCAUCAACAGUGCUUCCCUGAAAUUGAACCCAAAGUAAAAGACAAGAUUGUUCAGUGUAUAAGAAAAACUAGUUGGUGUGUGAUCAAUGUAUUCUUCAUUUCACAUGUAUCUUUUUGCAGUCCAUAAUACAUAUACAAACGGUUAUAAAAAUAAGUAAUGUUUAAUACGAGAAUGUAUCAAUAUUUGAACAUUCCUACCUAUAAAUUGCUUUAAUGA